CGCCGCCUCCUCGCCACCGCCUCGGCCCCUCGCGAAGCGCCGGACCGCUCGGGAACAUGGCCCUGGAGCAGCUCUGCGCGGUCCUCAAAGUGUUGUUAAUAACAAUACUUGUAGUCGAAGGGAUUGCUGUGGCCCAAAAGACCCAAGAUGGACAAAAUAUUGGAAUCAAGCAUAUUCCCGCAACCCAGUGUGGCAUUUGGGUUCGAACCAGCAAUGGAGGUCACUUUGCUUCACCAAAUUAUCCUGACUCUUAUCCACCAAACAAGGAGUGUAUCUACAUUUUGGAAGCUGCUCCACGUCAAAGAAUAGAGUUGACCUUUGAUGAACAUUAUUAUAUAGAACCAUCAUUUGAAUGUCGGUUUGACCACUUGGAAGUUCGAGAUGGGCCAUUUGGUUUCUCUCCACUUAUAGAUCGUUACUGUGGUGUGAAGAGCCCUCCACUAAUUAGAUCAACAGGGAGAUUCAUGUGGAUUAAGUUUAGUUCUGAUGAAGAACUUGAAGGACUGGGAUUUCGAGCAAAAUAUUCAUUUAUUCCAGAUCCAGACUUUACUUACCUAGGAGAUUGCCAGUUUGAGCUCUCGGGAGCUGAUGGAAUAGUGCGUUCUAGUCAGGUAGAACAAGAAGAAAAAACAAAACCUGGUCAAGCUGUUGAUUGCAUAUGGACAAUUAAAGCUACUCCAAAAGCCAAGAUUUAUUUGAGGUUCCUAGAUUAUCAAAUGGAGCACUCAAAUGAAUGCAAGAGAAACUUCGUUGCAGUUUAUGAUGGAAGCAGUUCUAUUGAAAAUCUGAAGGCUAAGUUUUGCAGCACUGUGGCCAAUGAUGUGAUGCUGAAAACAGGAGUUGGAGUGAUCCGAAUGUGGGCAGAUGAAGGUAGUCGGCUAAGCAGAUUCAGAAUGCUCUUUACUUCCUUUGUGGAGCCUCCCUGCACAGGUAGCACUUUCUUCUGCCACAGCAACAUGUGCAUCAAUAAUUCUUUAGUCUGUAACGGUGUUCAGAACUGUGCAUACCCUUGGGAUGAAAAUCACUGUAAAGAAAAGAAAAAAGCAGGACUGUUUGAACAAGUCACUAAAACCCAUGGAACAAUUAUUGGCAUCACAUCAGGGAUUGUCUUGGUCCUUCUCAUUAUUUCUAUUUUAGUACAAGUGAAACAGCCUCGAAAAAAGGUCAUGGCUUGCAAAACUGCAUUUAAUAAAACUGGAUUUCAGGAAGUGUUUGAUCCUCCUCAUUAUGAACUGUUCUCCCUAAGGGACAAAGAGAUUUCUGCAGACUUGGCCGACCUGUCAGAAGAACUGGACAACUACCAGAAGAUGCGGCGCUCCUCCACCGCCUCCCGCUGCAUCCAUGACCAUCACUGUGGGUCACAGGCAUCCAGUGUCAAACAGAGCAGGACCAACCUGAGUUCCAUGGAACUGCCUUUCCGAAAUGAUUUUGCACAACCACAGCCAAUGAAAACAUUUAACAGCACCUUCAAAAAGAGUAGCUACACUUUCAAACAGGCACAUGAGUGCCCUGAACAGGCCCUAGAAGACAGAGUAAUGGAGGAGAUUCCUUGUGAGAUUUAUGUCAGGGGGCGAGAAGACUCUGCACAAGCAUCCAUAUCCAUUGAUUUUUAAUCUUCUACUAAGGGGACAUUAGUUAUUAAGUGUGUACGUACGCAGUCUACUGAGCACCCGUACUCCAGCCGCCAACCCUUUUCUCCUAUCAGAACUAGAAGACCUUCGUUCCCACUAACCUACUGUAAUGGUGAAGCUUUUAUUGUCUCAGGCAGCCUAUGUGUUAAACCAAUCAAGGGACCUGCUCCAGUCCAUGAACAAAGUAACAGUCACUAUUGCUUGGUGUCACACACACAAGGUACGAGCAAAACCGUAUCUGAAGAGGGGAAUGGUGGUGCUGAGCCUGGCUCAGGCUGCCUGUUAGGCUCAGCAACAAGAAACUGCUCUGGUUGAUACAGCUUGUCAACAUUUUGAUCCCACAAUAAGUUUAAAAAUAAGAUUCAUCUCUACAUUCCUUUUGUUUUUCUUUUCUUUAAAUUUAAUUUGUUUUUUAAGUCCAUGAUUUGACCAUUUUGGUUUCUUAAAUAUGGUUACUGUACCACACAUAUUUCAAUACAGGCAUUUGUUCUAGAAUUUGUCAAAAUAUAACUUGUUACUGUGCUAAGUGCCAAUGAAGACCCAGAGUUCUGUUGCACCCAUCUGUUUCUUCUUGACUAAUUUCUAUACUGCUGCCUUUUAAUUACUGGAUCCUUAGUCCUUAUCUUUUGUGAAUAGUAGAUGAUAAGAUUUAUCACCUUUAAGUCAUAUUUUUGUCUUACAGUAGAAGAUUUCAUAAUCCUGGGAUAUAUGCACCCUUGCCCAUCAUGACUAAAAACUUGAAAAAGAUUAAAACUUCUAGAAAUUCUUUGAAUUUUCCCAAAUUUGGUCACAUGCAGUGGUGGCCUAUUCAUUCCUGUGCGCAAUGUCGUUUCUUUCAUUUUGGGGGAGGCCUGUAAUUAUGUUUCUUUACAGCAUUUCUCAUCACCAGAUUUGUGUUUCCUGAUAUUUUUAUAAGAAGAUGAUUUUGCUCCCUUUGUACUGGUAUAUGUUAUGGCAUAUAGUAGCCAAGGUUGUAUGAUAGUUCAAGGAAAAUUCCUGAGAAACUCUAAGAGCCUUCAGAUUGCUUCUUACUUGGGACAAUACAUUUUUCUAGUUCUUACCAAGAAUAACAACUUCCACUUUUUUUUAAACUGCACUUUUGACCUUAUGUUUUUUUAUGGUAUAUAAACAAUAAUUUAUAAACAUGAUAUAAAAACUCAUUGUGUUUUUUUAGACUUUUGAUAUUAUUUGAUACUGUGCAAACUUUAUUAAAUCAAGAUUAAAGACCUACACGAGAGAUUUCUUCCAGUGUUCACAUUAGUGGCUUUGUAUACAAAUAUGCUGUGACGGAACUACAUGUAUUAACUUAUUGUAAAGACCUUGGUAAUGUGUACAUAAGCUUUUGUUUCCUUUUGCUAUUCCAUUUAGUUUCUGAUAAAUUUUUCACUGUGUGUUAUUUAUUCUAAAUCACUACACAAAUCUUAUAUUAAAAUAUACAUUGUUACAUGAUUCUUCAAUCAUGUUAUUGCACUGAGAUUUUGAAUCUUAAGAUAAAUAUGGAAAGAAAUCUGUUUAUCAAAUUAUAACUAAUACAGACAUGCCAUUUAAAAGAGGUCAAUUCUCAUUUUGAUAUUUUUUGUAGUAAAUUCUCAAUGAAAUGAGAGAUUGAGGUUUCACUGAAUUUCAUUGAUUUUUUUAAGAUAGCACAUCUAUGGGUUUUCUCAGAUUAGUGAAAACUGGGACCUUUACAUAUGAUACAUAUAAAAUACCCCUUCAAGAUGUUUCUUAUAUCACAUUUUUCGUUUUUUAAAGUACAUAAUAUCCAGGAGAUAAGAAAACCUAUAAAUACUAUAUAUUCAUGAUUUAACAUUUUUUAAAGUCAGCAUAAUUUCCUGUUUUAAAAAUACAAUUUUGGAAGGUAGAAAGACUAAAUGAAUGUAGUAUUCAUUGAUCUAAUGAGCCAGAGCCAGAUAAGAUAGAAAUUCUUUCAGUAGCUAUGUUGAAUAGGCAUUCUAGUAGUAGUUAGUAGCCAGCCAACAUUUGAACAGCAUAGUAAAUAUUUAAUAUAACUGUGAUCUCAUUCUUCAUGCUCAUGAAGGAAAACUAGCAUAUUUUCUAUGUAAAAUUAUAUCCAUUACAAAAACAGCUGUUAAGUCCAUCUUUAACACAUACAUUGUAAUAGAAACUAAUACAGUAUGCUUAACUACAUUAACUAUAGUCACUUGUAACUAUAUUUUUUGAAAUGUGUAUCCUAUUUUCUUU